UCUCGUUGUGUGUUUGUUUUUUUCGUUAGCGUCACCGCCGACCAUGUCGACCACCGUGAAGAGCUUGAAAGUUACUUAUAAUCCCGUUAAUGGGAAAGAAACUUUUACCAAUGGCGACUGGGUUUCUGGUCAGGUCACUCUGGAGGUGUCCAAAGACUGCCAGAUAAACUCCCUGUUCAUAAAGUUCAAAGGGAAAGCCGAGGUGUUGUGGACCGAGAGGCACGGAAAAACGACUGUUGUUUAUCACUCCAAGGACAAGUACUUCAGCCUGAAACAUUACUUCAUCCGAGAUAAAAAUCUCACAGGAAAUGACAACGAAACACUUAUGACAACCCAGCAUGGAGACACAUACAGCAGUGUUGUUGCCCCAGGAUGCCAUGUCUACCCAUUCAACUUUCAGAUCCCUUUCCAGGAUAUGCCCUGCUCCUUCACUGGUAGCGCCGGUAAGAUUGUGUACUUGCUGGAAGCCAAGCUGAGCAGAUCAAUGAGGAUUGCCACUAGAGAUUCGACUAAGAUCAACUUUAUGUCAAAUGCAGACCCCGCUAGUGUCCCUGGGAUAAUGACACCACAGCACGAGUCUAAGGAUAAGAAAUUGAAAAUUUUCACCUCAGGAGCAGUAUCCAUGGAUGUAGACAUUGAAAAAACAGGAUUCUUCCAAGGAGAAGGAUUGAAGGUACUUGCCUGCAUUCAGAACAAUUCCUCUCGUGAAAUCAAGCCCAAGUACUGCGUGUACAAAAAGCACAGCUUCUUUGCAAGAGGGAAGAGAAGAUUACACACUAUAGACCUCCUUAAAGAGGUGGGAGAACCCAUCCCUCCUUCUGCCAACACAAAGGUCACAAGGGUCAUCACCAUCCCCCAUGAUAUGGAGCCCUCCAUCCUCAACUGCAACAUCAUCAAAGUAGAGUACAGACUCAGGGUCUACCUCGAUGUCAAAUAUGCUUCAGACCCAGAGAUCAAAUUUCCCAUAAUCAUCCUGCCGGCCUCUCGGGUUCCUGCUGUGGCGCCACCACCUGCUGCUGCUGCCUUUUCUGACUUUGGAUUUGAACCGUUCGGGAACACAAACCCACCAGCCUGGGGCAUUGCUCCACCACAACCACCAGCGGCACCCCAGUCUUUUGACCCCCCUCCUCCCUAUGGAGCACAUGGGAUGUAUCCUCCUUUGACAGAUUUUGGCAACAAAUAUCAGUAACUGUGAAGACUGUGACGAUACUUGGACAUUUCAAAGAAAUGAAAUACAUUUCAUCAUUAUCUUGUGGUUGAGGGUGUUUGUUUUCUAAAAUGAGAUUUUCUGAUAAGAGUGAUACUGUUAGGUAUUAUGUGUAUUAUGCAGUAGUGAUAAAAUGUGUUGCAUUAUUUCCAAAAUAACCUGUAAAACAAAUAGUAGAGAAGAAAAGUGGUCCUUCCACAGUUUCAUAUACCUCAGGUUUUAUCCUCUCUAAGAGUCUAUGAGGCUCUCCAUGAAUGAACUCUGGACUGUUAAGAUUGUUGAAAAACUGGUAGAUAUAUUUUAUAAACUUAAAAUCUAAUAGCUCUCCUGUUUCAGACAGUGUUUUUUUCUGUAUGAUCUGUGACUGGAAAGGAAUUUAUUAAACGUGAAUUAAGUUGCAUGAAAAUGUCCUCGCAUAGUCAUUUAUAUAUCUUUU